GAAUGUUAUCAGGGUGCCGUGUUCCAUCAUGGAGACAAAACCCAUCGUUACAAGUCAUGGAAAUCAGGUUCUGUUCUCUUCAUUACAUUCUGCUCUCCUGCAAGGAUUACCAAGGGAGCCUACAGAAUGGAGGAGAUCCUAUGGUCGACCUCCGAAAACUGUCCAGCUGGAGGCCAGCUUUGUUCCUUUUGAUGAAGAUAUUCUCCCCCAUGAGAAGGACAAGACACUUGUUAGCCGACCUUACUUUCACAUAUUUUGGACAGAUUGUGACCUUGACACAUACAAACAGUCUGUGAAGGAAGAGUUGAUGGAAUGGCACACUGCACUUAAGAACAAGAACAACCCAGACUGGUUGAUUGCAGUUGUCGUUAAUGAUGAAAGCAAAAUCAAGUCCAAACUACUGCCGCGAUCCUCUGUCAUUGAUAAAGUCAAGAAUGACUUCUGUAGCAAACACCCAGACAGAUGUAUCGUCUUGAAUGAGCCUCUUAAACUGGACUCUAAGAGUCAGGAAUCAUGGAAUGGCUUUCUAGGUCGCAUGAGAGGACUGAUGUUACAGGCAUUUAGUAGACACCUCAGCAAGUAUGAGGAAAACAUGAGGAGCCUGAGAGAAAAACGAAACGAACCUGGCUGGGACUUUGUUACCUUUUUCCUUGUUCAGGAGGAGUUGGGGUUUAUGUUCGAGAUGCUUGGUCUGUAUGACGAUGCUCUGAUCCAGUAUGAUGAGUUAGAUGCCUUGUUCUCACAGUUUGUCCUGACACAAGCUACCACUGGAAAAAAAGCAGCAUGGAUGUCUAAAUUCACAAAGGACUGUAACUCAUGGGCAGGGCUGUCAUUAAGGAAAGCUAUAAACCAUGACAAAAGGGACAAGGUCAAACAUAACGAGGCCACUCUGCUUGAUUUCCGUAACUAUUUGUUCUCCCGGCAGUGUGCUCUUCUCUUCCUGUUGGGAAAACCUUGGGAGGUAGCACAACGGGCUGUCAACUUCCUCCACCAGACCAUACAGGAAGUCAACACUCUCAAGGUGGUGAUGCCAGAGGCAGCUCUGGACUGUUGGGUAUUCCUCAGCUGUAUGGAAAUCCUACAGACAUGUGAAAAACACACUGAUUCUUCACAGAUGGAAGCCUACUCCUUAUACACUGCUAAUCUUCGUGACUAUACAAGGCGAAAGCUUUACAGUAUAGGUGAGAUGUGUGGACUGACACCAGAUGACACACCUUCCUCAGAGCAGCUGACCAUGGUGCUAGAUCUGACAUCAGGCAUGGGUAUAGAGGAAGACACAGAGGAAAAUUACUCUGGAUCAAACAGAUCUGACUCACCCCGCCCCAGGGACAAGCUGAGGGAAGCAUUAUCAUCUAAUGACACAUUCCAAAAAAUAUUUCUGGAGCUGUCUGAAUUGACCAUGGGAACCUUUAAACAUAUAGGAAGGUUUAGAUCAGCAAGACUCAUCGGCAAGGACCUGGCUGAUUUCUAUAUGCGCCUUGGAGAGGCUCAGAAAGCUGAGAGCUUUUUGGUGGAUGCUAUGAAGAGCUACCAGCGUGAAGGAUGGCAUGCUUUAGCUGAUGGGGCUCUGUUAGAACUUGCCAAGUGUCAGAAGCUGCAAGACAUCGAUCAUAAAUACAUUAAAACCUGCUGUAGCAUAGCCAGCAGUACAAACUUGCCUGCAGAUGUCCGACAGACCCACCUGCUUGAUAUCAUGGAAACUGCUUCCAAAAGCCAAGACACAUCAUUUACGUUGAAGUUAUCAUCAUUAUUCCACAUUGCUGAAGUGACAGUAUUGACCCCAAAGAUCAUAGUAGACCAGGCGUUCCAGGUAGAAGUGAUUCUCAUCAACAACACACCAAGUGAUAUUCAGUGUGACAGUUUAAAAAUUUCUUUAAAGAAGACGAAUAAGUCUCCUAAGCUAUUGUCUCAGAAGACAGCAGUGUUCAGAACGGCCAGUAAUAGUAGUGCUAAAGAGGCUGUGCCUAACUUUAACCCUGUAGCACAGCAAAUCACUAGUAUAUUAAACGUUCAAGCGCAUUAUGAGGGAGCUCCACAACGGCCAAAUGCAGCUGGCAUUGUGUGUAUUAACACUCAUGAGGUGUUACGCCGGGCAGACAGUUCAGGGCGAGCAACAAACCCUACUGAUUCAUCAAAGGACUAUGAUGAUUUCACCAACUACGCAAGUUGUGUUGAUGUUGUUAUCAAACCCGGAGAAAACAGAUUGAUAUUUGAACAAAAGAAUACAAGUGAUGGUCACUACAAACUGGGACAACUGUGGGUGAAAAUCAAAGGUAUGGACUUCAUUAAGUAUUUGGAGGCAGAUCAGUUCUUCCUUGUUCAACACGAUGAUCCCAGCUGUGAUGUGAUCCCUGUAAAUGGAGAAAAGCUGGUAUCAGGUAUACAACAGUGGGUAGAGCUCACACUGGACCCAGGUAGUUUUGUACUGAAGGAAGGGGACGAACUGACCUACCUCACCUCGGAUGGUCUGACUUUAUGUCAGGAAGAAGAGGAGACAACUCUUCAGGUGUCAAAGAUUACAGAGCUUGGACAUGCAGUCUUCAGGAUCCUUAUGUUCCAUGACAUCUACACAGUUGACCGCAACGCUGAGAUACGUCUUGAGUGUGAUGUAUUCCCUGAUCCUGUCUGUUGUUCUCUAGUGUUUUCCUGUCCAUUCCACAUUACACACAAACUACACACAGCUUCAAAUAGGAAAUACCUACAGAUACUGGUCCAUGGCAACACUAGGGAGGACUUCACACUAGUCACACCCAACCUGACUGUCGACUCACCGGAUAUAGAGCUCCUGUCUCUCAACAAACCCAAUCAAGAAUUGGUGGUGAACCGUGACAUGAAUGUGUCGUACAUGUGGCAGCUCAAAUCUAACACCAGACACGUCAUCAGAACUAACAUUAGUUUCACUGCCACAUUCCAUUCCAUGCUGGACCAGGAAAACAGGAGCAGACAACUCUCAUAUAACUGUAGUGUAGAAAACUUCUUGACCCUGUACACUGUGAAGACAACUGUAUCGGCCCAGCCUGAGAUGGGAACUUGUAAAGUUGGGGCCACUGCUACUCUUAGAAUCCAUAUCCGGUCACAUGAUAAGGAGGAUGACGAGGCUGAUACGUCGCUUUCCUACCAGGUGCUACAGGACAGUAGUAUAUGGGUCCUGAGUGGUAAAACAUCUGGUGUGGUUCAGCUGUGUGAAGAUAUGACAGCUGAGAUUCAUCUCAAUGUCAUUCCACUUGUGUCUGGGCUGGUACCACACCCACUUGUACAAAUUCUUAAGAACCAAGAUGAUGUUUGGUUCAAGCAAGGAGAUACCAAACUAGAGAACAAAAAUGAUGAUGGCAUUCCUUUGUCUAAUCCAGAGAAGAACCUGGUAACAUCGCGUUCUUUACCGUUCAGCCAAGGACAAGUGUAUUAUGCCAGUAUUGCUCAGCAAGUUCAUGUGUCACCAGAUGCUGGAGACUCCAACUAAAAUUUCUUAUCAUUAUCCUUUACUUCAAGUUGUGAGAGGUUACACAGAUCAGUAAACAAAUUUAUAUACAUAAAUGCUGUAUUCAACUUUUAAAAGUGCAGAGGGCUCACACAUUAGGGCUCACACAUUAGGUCUUACUUAGACAGGGGAUAGGCUUAUUACAGGACAAUCAAAUAGUAUCACUUGAUAUUUUCAACUGCAAAACAAUGGACUUGGGUAGCCUCACUGCUAAAAAAAAUGGCAUGUAACCAUAUGACAUUUUCACUUCCUACCCAGGUUUUUGUCCUAUGGUAUUGAAACUUCAUACACAGUUCACAGCUCUCAUGUCUUGUAAUAAUUGUUCGGCGCAUUUCCUGUGUAGCAAAAAUUGAAGCCAUGUUUCAUCACAAAAUCUCAGACAUUUGUUCCUAAUCAUGACUCCUUCAUUACUGAAGUAUGGUGUAAUAGUGACUACACCAAUAAUAAAAGUGCUUCCUAACCGCCAAUAGUGAUGGAAUAAAAUAUCCUUAUGAUGCCAUCGAUGAUGUUGUUAAUAUUUACACACUGAAGCAAAUGGUUACAAUAUAAUUUGUAUGUCUACUGAAAGUGUCCUGGUAUGUGUAAUUGUAAAUAUCUGGAAGGUAUGUUUGAUUAUACGAGAAGAAGAAAGUGCUUUGUAUGUUUUUCAUUUUAAGAUAAUUGUGGGACCAUUUACUCACUAUUUUGUGUUACCAGCCACUAGA